UGUGUUUUCUGCACUGCACACACUCACACACACUGAGGUUUUCCCCAAAUGGCGAAAACACUCAAGGUACAGCUGAAGGCAGGCAAUUAGAAACAGAAAUAGCGCUAGAAAAGAGGAAACAGAAAGAGCACAAAGGAAACACCAGUGUCCGCUCGCCUGUUGUUGUUUCGCGGGACCGUGAACACAGCUCCGCCUCAUGGUGGUGUUUUCACUCCGAGAGGAAAACUUCUGCACCUCAAAGACGGAAACAAAAACGAUCCGAGCUCCAGACGUUUUUACAGCCAGAGCCCACAAACAGAUGUACACGAGAGCAGGGACCACCGAUUGAUAACACCCAAUCAAACAUCAAUCAUCUGUGAAGGCUAAGGAUGGGGAACAGCAGUAGUGACAGGUCCAGCGGGAGUCAGGGUGAGAGGUCAUACAGAGAUGGACAGCAUGGAGGGAAAGAGGCUCGUCCCAACAUCCUGAUGGACAGCACAGAGGACGCUGACCUUUUCCAGAGAGAUGAUGCGAAGGUUCCACAGGAAAUGCAGGAAUUUCUUGCCUGGCAGCAGGACCUGGAGAGUGAGUGCAAAAGUCCAAUGCAGGCCAGACCAACUGUGUUCAGGUGGCAGGGCGCUGCCAAAGAAGUCUUUGUGUCCGGAUCUUUUAACAACUGGGCCACCAAGAUCCCUCUCAACAGAAGUGUGAAAAACUUUGUGGCUAUUGUGGACCUGCCGGAGGGAGAGCACCAGUAUAAGUUCUGUGUGGACGGUCAGUGGACUUUGGAUCCUACUGGGGCUGUGAUGACGGCUAAAACUGGCACAGUUAAUAAUGUCAUCCAGGUGAAGAGGACUGACUUUGAAGUCUUUGAUGCCCUCAGGAUUGACUCUGAGGAUUCUGCAGAUAUCUCAGACUUGUCCAGUUCCCCUCCCGGCCCCUACCUACAAGAUGCAUAUGUGACCAAGCCAGAGGACAAGAUCAAACAUCCUCCUUUCUUACCUCCCCACCUGCUGCAAGUGCUGCUCAACAAGGACACGGGUAUCUCUUGUGACCCGACGCUGCUUCCAGAGCCCAACCAUGUGAUGCUCAAUCAUCUGUACGCCCUCUCCAUCAAGGAUGGGGUGAUGGUUCUCAGUGCAACACACCGGUACAAAAAGAAGUAUGUGACCACUCUUCUCUACAAGCCAAUAUAAUCCAGGAUGCCAUGAUCCAGCCUCUUAUUUUGAAAUACUAAUAAUUCAUCUGUAGUUGUAUACAGCUGCUGCUGGGGUUGUUUUGGUAAAGAUGGCACCUUAAUAUCUUCUAUAUAUCUAUCUAAGCUGAAGUUCUGAAACAGUUUGAAAGUUAAAUUGCUGCACAACGUUUGUAAAUUCUUGAUUCAAGCGUAACUACAACCCCUAACGCUUCUUUUCUUAUGAAAAGUCAGUAUCAACGAUAAGCUCCAAGAGACAUAUUUUCAUUCUAACCUCACGUGACUCUAGGUGUGUCAGCAGAUUUUUUUGGUUGAAAGAGAGACCAAACACAUGAUGUAUAAGUGGUAAUCUGUCCAAACUUUGCAAAGCCAAAGCCUCGUGUUGCUUUGCAUGUUGCACUUUGCAAGUGACCUGAAAUUGUACGAAACUGUAACAUAUUAAAGUAUAAAAGAGCGAUAAGAACAGCUGUAAUCUGUGCUAGACAAGCUCUCCAUACGUGAACAAACAGACAAGGGGACACAGACAGGUUGAAAUUCAACUUAAAAGCCUCACGGUGAGAAUCUCACUUGCAUGUUUUAUUUCAAACUGAUGCCAUUGUACAGAAUCAAACUCCUUUUACAUCUGGGUUUGUGUAAAAAUUAGAAAGAAAUUAAAAGUUGACAAGAAAAAUGUCAAAAAUCA